AUGUCGGACUGGGACGCGAGCAGCGACGAGGAGCUCGGCGCGCCGGGCUGGCCGCGGGCCGCUGCCGCUGCCGACUCGCUGUGCUGGUCGCCCAGCACCCCUUCGUGGGGCCGCGCCUCCGUGAAGAGCGGCGGCCGACGGGGGAAGGGCACGGAGAAUCCCGGUGGGGAAUGGUGGACCCCGCGAGACGCUGAAGGCUCCGGCGGCCCGAGGCGGGCGGCGCGGCAGCGGCCGCCCCGAGCUGCGGCCGACCAGGCUCGGGCCUCUGCGGCCCCGCUCUGCUUCCACCUCGACAGCAGCCUGGUCGGGGCUCUCAUAGGUCGGGGUGGAACUAAAAUUAAAGAACUUGAGGAUUCUUCAGGUUCCAGGAUAAAGGUUACAAGAGGAACCUAUGAAUCUGAAGUAAAGAUUUUUGGCAGCAUUGAUGUACAAAACAAAGCCAAGAUGUUGAUUGACAAUCUUGUUACAAGUUCUGGACAAAACUAUGUUAGAGGUGGGGCAGAGAAAGGAAAAACCUUGGACAUUAUCAAGCCUGAAAAUAACCCAAAGAAACCAGUGAUUAACUGGGCCUCUCUUCGAGAAAACAGGGCCAAAUACGAAUCCAUGAAAUGGGCAGGCUUGCCUCCAAUUGAGAAAAACUUCUACAACGAAUCAUCCAGGACUGCAUCCAUGUCACAAGAAGAAGUGGAACUGUGGCGGAAAGAAAAUAAUGAUAUAACUUGUGAUGACUUAAAAGAAGGUGAAAAGCGCUGCAUUCCAAAUCCUGUUUGUAAAUUUGAGGAUGCUUUUGAGCAUUAUCCUGAUAUUAUGGCCAAUAUAAGAAAAGUUGGUUUUCAAAAGCCUACACCAAUUCAGUCCCAGGCAUGGCCAAUCAUACUCCAAGGAAUUGAUCUUAUUGGUAUAGCACAGACUGGUACUGGGAAGACAUUGGCAUACCUAAUGCCUGGAUUCAUUCACUUGACUUCACAACCAAUAUCCAAAGAUCAGCGUGGGGGGCCUGGAAUGUUAGUCCUUGCUCCCACUAGAGAACUGGCACUUCAGGUAGAGGCAGAGUGUUCAAAGUAUGCAUACAAAGAAAUUAAAAGCAUUUGCGUCUAUGGUGGUGGGGACCGAAAAGGACAGAUAGACAUGGUUACCAAAGGUGUAGAUAUUGUUAUUGCUACUCCUGGCAGACUGAAUGAUCUCCAAAUGAACAACUUCAUAAAUUUGAAGAGCAUAACAUAUCUGGUUUUAGAUGAGGCUGACAGAAUGCUGGAUAUGGGAUUUGAACCUCAGAUAAUGAAGAUCCUGUUAGAUGUGCGUCCUGACAGACAAACUGUUAUGACAAGUGCUACUUGGCCUGACGGUGUCCGUCGCCUAGCAAAAUCCUACUUAAAAAAUCCCAUGAUUGUGUAUGUCGGCACUCUUGACUUAGCAGCAGUAAAUACAGUACAACAAAAAGUUAUUGUUAUCCCAGAGGCGGAAAAGAGAGCUUUCAUGCAUAGUUUCAUUAAGUCUAUGAAGCCAAAAGAUAAGGUCAUCAUUUUUGUGGGAAAAAAGCUUACAGCCGAUGACUUAGCAAGUGACUUUGGUAUCCAAGGAAUUCCUGUACAGUCACUUCAUGGCAACAGGGAACAAUGUGAUCGAGAACAGGCUUUGGAUGACUUCAAGAAAAGCAAAGUUCGAAUAUUGGUAGCUACUGACUUGGCAUCCCGUGGCCUUGAUGUGCACGACAUUACUCAUGUUUUUAACUUUGAUUUCCCUCGCAACAUUGAAGAAUAUGUUCACAGAGUAGGUCGUACUGGAAGAGCAGGGCGCACUGGGGAGGCAGUAACGCUCGUCACGAGCAACGACUGGAGGUUUGCGUCCGAGCUGAUUGACAUUCUGGAAAGAGCAAACCAGGUAGUUCCUGAUGAGCUUAUUGCAAUGGCAGAAAGAUACAAACAAUCACAAAUGAGAAAAGAAAUUGAAAAGGAUAUACAAAGACCUUGGAGAAAGCCCUCAAAAUGAGUAUAAUGCCUUGAAGCUACUGAAACAGAGAAAUAAUCUUAAUUAGUGUUAGCAUCCAUGGGCUUCAAUUUAUAAGUUUCAUUUUGUGUUUGAUUGUUUUCUGUACCUGUACUAUUUAAACUUUUCAAAAGUGUCUUAGAAAAGAAAACUGGAUUAACUUCAUAUAGGAAUAAAUCUCGUUUUGCACUUGGCCACUAUUUUCACUUUUUUUUGUGUGUGUGAUGUAUGAAACUUCUAAAGCCAUUAUCUACUGGUUAAAAACAAAUAUUGUGGCUUUGUUGUUUGGGGUUUUUUUGGGGGGGGUUUUGUUGUUGUUUUUUUUUUUUGUUUU